UUUCCUCCUCGCCUUCCUCUCAACCGAACUCCUUAACUCAUCUCAAGCUGUCAUCUCCUAUUUAUUCUCAUUCUCUGCACCCUACCUCCUCCCAAAACAACCCAAAAACUUUUAUUCCCAAAAUACCCGCUACUUUCCUUCUUCCAAUGGCUAGCAACAGAGCAGUCGGGUUCGAAGACUACCUCCCGACAAUGGCAGAGAAAUUAGGUGAAGAGGGUCUCAUGACGGAGCUCUGUAAUGGGUUUCGUCUGCUAAUGGAUCCGGGUACGGGUCUGAUAACGUUCGACAGCUUGAAGAGGAACUCGGCCUUGUUGGGCCUCGGUGGGCUCAGCGAUGAGGAGCUUAGGGGGAUGUUGAGAGAAGGAGACAUUGAUGGUGACGGAGCUCUUAAUGAAAUGGAGUUUUGCGUUUUGAUGGUCAGGUUGAGCCCUGAGUUGAUGGAUGAGGCGUUGGAUCAAGUCAUGCAUAAUGGCUUUCGUAAUUUGUAGCUUUUUCUGUCUCUUUUUCAAAGCUUGUGAAUGACGAACGGUAAUGAAAUGAGCACUUUUGGGUUCUCGUA